GGACGAUUGAAUAAUUCGAGAGAAGCAUCUGACAUGGAGAACACCAGCUCUUCCGCCGCCGCCGAUAUCGCCAACUGGACGGAGGAGGUGGAGGACCUCGUACACGGCGGCCAAGUCGAGGAGGCCAUUUCUUUACUGGAAUCCGUGGUGUCGAAGCUCGAAACGGAUUCCAAAUUGGGGCAAUUGUCAGCUGCACUUCUGGACUUGUCGAAGCUCUACGCGACUCAAGGUUUCUCUAUCAAGGCCAAUGAGGCUCGCUCUCGCGCUUUCCUCCUCAAACAACUCUCUCUGCCCUUUUCCCUUCAAGUGAAGGAUGCUGAGGAUGCAAAUAAGUCUUCUAAGGAAUCGAGAGGCAAGGGAAUUUCAGAAUAUAGUUCUUUGGUUUGUCACUUAUUCACCUAUUCUUCUUCGAGCAUCUGGUUGUUGCGCUUAUUUUUCUCUUUGUAUUCUGAAAAUUUGCGGUUUAUGUUGCGAAGGUAAUCUUGAGAUCUCUUCCAACUUGCAAGAUGAUGGCUCAAAGCAACGUGGUUCUCCAGUUGAUGAUUGGGAAGCUAUAGCUGACCGUGAUCCAAAUGAAUUGCUUUCACCAUCAGGCUUGCCAGAAGUGUCCAGUCUUUCGUUGCAGGAUUCAAAAGUUCAAGCACCCAAAAGACGUGGGAGAGGUACUUUCUUAUAUCAAAAAGAUGAAUUGUAUAGUGAUGAACCGUCUGAAGGGAGUAAAUAUGACUACUCGGAUGAUGAUGUUUCUCAUAGUACAGAAGGGAGCUCGCAUUCAUUGAAUUUAAAAUAUGGCACCAGCCAUGUCCUUGUUCUGGCUGACUUUCCGACAAGUACUAGGACAACUGACUUGGAGAAAUUACUGGAGAAGCAUAAAGAUCAGGUUGUAAUCCGUUGGGUCAAUGAUAAGGUUGCACUUGCAGUCUUCAGAACUCCAUCAGAAGCUCUUGAAGCAAGUAGCUCUAUUCAGUGGCCAUUUUCGAUGCAUAUUCUUAACGAGGAUGAUGAACUUUUGAAGUCAAUUCCACCUAGAGAUCUGGAGCCACCUCGUCAAAGGCCUCGGACAUCAGCUCGAGCUGCUCAGAGAAUGAUUGCUCAAAGUAUAGGUAUAAAGCUACCUUCGGAUUUUGGGUCGAGGGAAUUGAGGAGACAGGAAGAAGCGAGGAAGAACCGAAUACUUUCAAGGCAAAACAAGAAGGAUGAUGCUUGGGGCACUGAUGAUGAUACCAAUUAGAAUUAGAAUCUGUUUAAAGACAAAACUUUAUACUCGUGGAUUGAUCUGUGUGUUACAUACCAUUCUGUUUUCCCCAAGAAAAGA